AUCAGCCGUCGGCCUCGUUCCUGUCCGCCAACCAGCGGCAAGAGCGGGUCUGGGGGCGGGAGGCCGGAGCAGCUGUCAGGCUGAAGUCCAGCGAGCUAGCACGGUGGGGCGGCUGGAAGAAGCGCGGCGCCGGGCCGGGCCCUGGAGAUGGUCCCCGGCGCCGCGGGCUGGUGUUGUCUCGUGCUCUGGCUCCCCGCAUACGUCGCGGCCCACGGCUUACGCAUCCAUGAUUAUUUGUACUUCCAAGUGCUGAGUCCUGGAGACAUUCGAUACAUCUUCACGGCCACACCUGCCAAGGACUUUGGUGGUAUCUUUCACACAAGGUAUGAGCAGAUUCAUCUUGUCCCUGCGGAACCUUCAGAGGCCUGUGGAGAACUCAGCAACGGUUUCUUCAUCCAGGACCAGAUCGCUCUGGUGGAGAGAGGGGGCUGCUCCUUCCUCUCCAAGACACGGGUGGUGCAGGAGCACGGCGGGCGGGCAGUGAUCAUCUCUGACAACGCGGUUGAUAAUGACAGCUUCUACGUGGAGAUGAUCCAGGACAGUACCCAGCGCACAGCUGACAUCCCUGCCCUCUUCCUGCUCGGCCGAGAUGGCUACAUGAUCCGCCGUUCCCUGGAACAGCAUGGGCUGCCAUGGGCCAUCAUUUCCAUCCCAGUCAAUGUCACCAGCAUCCCCACCUUUGAGCUGCUGCAACCGCCCUGGACCUUCUGGUAGAAGAGUUGGUCCCACACACCAGCCAUAAACAACUCUGGGCUGGGAAGGGGAAAUCCAGGAAUUCUGCUAUUUGGGAUUUGGGGAUAGCAUUUGAGGACAGGUGGAGCCGGGUAGGGGAAAAAGGCUUUGGCCUUGGCCAUGCUAAGAAAAGCUGUGCCACUGGCCUUCCCUUCCUCGGGGUCCCCAAAUGUCUCAUGCUAUGGGAAUAGACAAGAGCCAGGCCCCAGAGCUUCUGGACUAGAAUCUGGAACACAGGGGCUAAGGGCAGGUGGCCUGAGAGCCAUCUGUGACCUGUCACAUCCCACCUGGUUCUCGCCUCCCCUUCCCAGGGUCUCUUCAGUGUACUUCACAGCAGCUGCUGGAGUGGUGUUUGAGGAAUUAAUAAACCCUCACUGACUUUUUAGCAAUAAAGCCUCUCAUCAGGGUUGCAA